GGUGGAUUUCAGUGGCCAAGAGUGGAGUGCGAUGGUAGGGCGAGGUGGGUGUCUGGAGCGGGCCGUAGAUGACCAGUCAGGACAUAUACACCGGUGUCAAGUAACAGGAUAUACUUUGUAUAGAGAGAGAGGGAAAGGCUAUACUCUCCCCUGAUAGAGCUAUUUCUUGAGGCUCACUACUCACCAUGUACCUGAACGUGAACUUGACGCCGCCACCACCGGCGGCGGGCGAGGGUUCCUGCACUACACCCAAGACGCCGGAGAUCCUCAACUCCCUCAUCAACCUGACUAGUCCGCCCCUGCCACACUCGUACUCUCAGUACCAGACACAGGUGGAGGGCGGGACACUACUGAGUCCCAUUAGUGACGUGAGCAGCCCCGGCGACGAAUCGGCAGUCACUCCCCUGACUAACAUGUGUCGAGGCAGAGAAGAUCCCACAUCACGGCACAUGAGCGAGCAUAUGUCGGGCUGUGGCGGGUUUCCAAGCAGCGGGGGUGUUGGAGGUGGCCUGGUGGGCGGGUCCCCCGGCACCUCAGGUAUGGGCGGCCCCCUGGCUGGGGCAUCGCCCCCCUCCACCCCUGACCUGCCCUCGCCUGUCAAUACCGUAGAAGCAACGAAAUCGGCACUUAUCAAGGAGGGUCUCAAGCUACAAAUCCGCACCAAACUGCAGGCCGCUGGCGUCGAAUCUCCAGAGUCUAUCCUCGAAGACACCAAAUAUAUUAAGGAUGAACACAGCGAUCUGACUGAGGAGGAUGAGGAGCGGCGGCGACGGCGGCGGGAGAGGAACAAGAUAGCAGCCACCAAGUGUAGGAACAAGAAGAAGGAGAAGACCAUAGUGCUCAUGACCGAAUCCGAGUCUGUGGAAGAUAUGAAUAUUAGGCUCAAGACAGAGAUACAAAGGCUGAAAUCAGAGAAGAUGAAUUUGGAGAAGUUGCUUGGUGACCCAAAACACCGUGCAUCCUGCCGCCAUUCACCACGUUGUUCUAAGACUCUACGGCCACCGCUCGUUAUUGUCACACCGGCAGACUCGCCAGACACCACUUCCAGUUCUUGCUCCUCCUCCCCUACUUCCUCCACCUCGUCCUCUUCCUUGGGCAGCCCUACUUCCCCUCCUCUCACCAGCCCCAUUAGCUACAAGGCUCCUCCCCAGGCUGCCCCUCAGACCCCACCUUCUACCCAGGUCACCUCACCCAUGACAUCUCCUAAUGCCACUUCCUGUGCCUCGGCAUCUUCAUCACAAUUCUUGGCACCAAAAUAUAGCCCUCCUCAGAACCUGAAUCAAAGGCACAAUCUAUAUCAGUAUCCAGGUCGAUCCCAGCAGAACUUACCUUCUAUGGGGGAAAAACAGCACUAUGGAAGUCCACCCUCCCCCACUGGCCCACAUGCUAAGCCUGCUUACAAUUAUUCUUGUUUGGGAGUACCUCGGAGUCAUGAGUUUAUACCGCCAAAUCCGCCAUCUCAAAAAUCAGUAUAUACGACACCUAAGUCGCGCAAUGCUGGAUUAGUUCGUUAUAGUCCAUAUAGUGGACGCCCUCCACCUGUGCCAUCCCCGCUGGCUACCCAUACCCACCCACAACCAGGGGCAUUGCCUGCUGGGGACACCUAUCUUCAAUCAAACAAUAACAGUGGUUGCGGGCGUGAAGACCAGCAAGCCUAUGUAACAGAUGCACACACAAAUCAGUUCUUUCCUCCCUGCUCAUACAGCAGCAUGUGACCCACAGCUGGGGGCAUUUAACCCCAAAUAGGUUUUGGUUCAAGAAUAGCAUAUUCUACAGAAGUGACAUGCAAAGUGGGCUCCUUGUAAAUGUUGUAAAUUAUCACUUUUUUUUCUAAAGACUGCCCCACUUGUCGAGAGGGUCAGCCUGCCAACCAGUCAUUAAGACUGCUACACAAGUUUGCUUUAAUCAUGGCCCGUGAUUUUUGGGUGAAAUUUACACAUGUUCGCUUGCCUUGUAUUUUUUGCUGUUGGAUAAGUUUUGUUGUUGCAUGUUGUUAUAUUAGACCUCGUAUUUUCUGAUGGUGUUGAACAUUUAGCCAAGAAACAGGAUUGCGCCAUAAUUGUCAAUAUUGUGUUGGUGUUGCCCUGUUCUUGCUAGUGCCGGGUUUGUUCGUGUGUGUGUGUGCGUGUGUGUGUGUGAGUGAGAGCUCCAGAGCCUGGUUACUUAGGAAUAGCACUUCUUAUAAGACAUAUCCGUUAUAUUUCCCAAGUGUCUUGUAUUAUGUGAUCCAUACAUAUAUAUUUUUAUUAGCUUUAUUUUCGUAAGUGAAAUGUUGGCAAAUAUAACAUGAUGCUAAACGACUUAGGUACAAAACUCCACAACAUUCCUCUCUCCCUGUAUCAUGGUGAAGGACGUGUCUGAGUGUGGCCACACCAGGAGGUUGUGUGGUCCCGACCACCAGCAGGUCUGUAGUGCCACUCAAUAUGGGCUGCACACUUCAGUGCUGGCCACGCUCACCUAUUAUCUGCACUUAAUAUCAUCAACUUUGCAAGUGCAGCUUUAUGCUACUACCCAUAAUCAGUAUUCCAUCUGCUGUUACCUGACUUUGGAUUAAUGGGACCUCACUAUGGAGGUCACACAUUGUUGUAUAUGAUAAUUCAUCAUAGACAAUGUUAGCGCCAUGAUUCUGUGUAUCGCACCCUUCGUGUUUGUGAAGGUGUUUGUAUACUGUAUAUUACCCCUUUUGUGUAUCAUCAGUCACUAUGCAUCGGCUGAUGGUGUCCCAGGUGGACUGCUUGAGAUGGCCUGGUGCCCGUCCGAUGCAAUUAGUGACUGCCAGGUAGAUGGGUGCCCGGGACCAGGUGUCCCAGUUGCAUCCCGCUCCUGAGCUGCUACCUACCCUCACCAACCUUAAGUUCCAAACAGCUGGCUGUUAGAGGAACUAGUUGUCCUUUGUUUUGUCUUACGUUAGCUUAAAGCUGCUCAGAUCCCCCACAAUACAUGGUUGCAUUGUCUAUAACAUUAUCUCUUGACUAGUAACUGCAGGCAUCCUGCCAGCUUGAAAUGUACACAUUUAUAGAGCCAUUAGACGUUCUACUCGACUGCAAUUUGUACGAGGUCUAAGACCAUAUUCAAACUUCAGUUUCAUUAUGCAUUGCCAUUAUGAUCAUAUACUUAACCCCAGGAAUAUGAUCAGUUUCUUAUGUUACAAUCAACUUCCUGUGUUACAACCAACUUACAACAUUACAGUCAACUUGCUUCUUAUGUUAGUCAACUUACUUAUGUUACAACCAUCCUCUCCCUGGAACCAAACUUCCUUUCACAGUCAUCCAAUUUCUAAUCCUUACAAUCCAUCCUUGUCAUCUUCUGAUUACAUAUUGGACCAGUAACCAGAAGCUCCUUUUCCUUUCAUCCUGCCUCCUUUAGUACUCCAGUAACACAGGGGAUGAGGAGACAAAAUAAUAUGAGGCUGAUGGUGUUGGGCACUGUACAAGAGGUCUGCUUCCCAGCCACCACGACCCUACUGUCGCAGUCCUCUGCACCAGUAAUUACUAAGCCGUCCAGCUCUACCUGCUGCUGUCAGUAAAGAGCUCAUUUAAGCAAUCCCACGAAAUUGAUUAUAUUUGAGGAAUGUCCCAGAAAUUAAUUAGAAAUGGACGGCUGCGGUGGGUGAGGCAAAGUUCGUUAAAUAUAGGUCACUCACUCACUUGGCAAUACUGCCGAUGCUGCCCCACGCUACCGCCACACUCGAUCACACGCAACUGAACGACUACUAAACGAAAUUACAACGAAAACGACAUCGCUGAUCCAGUACCCCUCACUGCCGAGAGCACCAGCCACGGACCCUGUCAUGGUUGAGGGCUGGUGCCCCACGCCAUCCCACAUUGAAUGGUGACAUUCCAGGUGUGUGAGGGGAAACUUGAGGUCGGGGUGACACUGACCUACUCAUCGACUAUGUCUUCCUCCUGCAUAUAACUGCAAGAAAAUCCGAACGAGAUUGAUAUUAUGUAUAUAAUUAUCUGUAAAAAAUGCAAAUGGGAAACUACCUGUAUUGCAUUGGCAUCAUAUUAGGUUGGUCAUGUAUAUUUAUAAAAGACAUUAUCUCAGCAUUUACUAUCAACUGCUAAUGUGCUAUCAGAUAUUUUUAUAAAGCUGCUUCAUUGAAGACAAAGCAGAUUAUUAAAUUUGCGAUAUUCUUA